GUGCAACGAGCUCACGCACGAUGCAGAAUUCCCAGCCAGCUCCACCACCUCCUCCACCACCACCGCUGCCGCUGAAAGAGAUGACUACCAGCAUCACCUCCCCCCGCCAAUCCGCCAGCUCCUCCGGUACCUCGUGGCAAGCAAAAUUCGCGCAGGGCCUUGCGGCUCGCGACCGCCGCGAGAAGGCGUUCGACGAGAUCAUCUCCGCUUACUCCACGCUCGCGAUCCAGCUGCGGUCGUCACAGCCGGCGCGCGCAGACGCGGAACGUGCACGGCUGGAGCGGCGGUGUAAAGACUAUGCGGAAGAGGCGCGGGAGAGAGAGAGGUUGCUGCAGAAAGCGUUGGAUGAACAGGUCGCCCAGGAGCUGGAAUUGAAUAUGGCGUAUGAGCGCGAGAAGGCGCUGAAGGAAGAUAACGCCGAGCUCCUCGAUCGCUGGAUGAAGCUGAAGAAGAAGGAGGCUGAUGAGAUGAAUUUGGCUAGUCAGUGGUAAUCUGGUGGGCCCGGUGGGUGCGUAUUGUGUAAGUGGUGACAUCCGGCGUAGAUGUCGAGGGAAUGGAAAGAUGACUGCGGAUCGGUCGGAUACGAUGCGGAGUGCAGUGCGCUGCGUGAAU